GCAUCCAUAGAAUGAUGACAACGAUUUCUAGCUAGCUAGAUUUGAUUAGAAUAUAAUAUUAGUAUAAAGUUAGAUUGAGACUCAUUUUUGCUGCUAUUUAUCUGUCUUUUUUUUAAAUCCAAACCAUUUUUCAUUCAACAUGGAAACUAUUUUGGAACAACAAAGAAGGUAUCAUGAAGAACGAGAACGGCUUAUGGACGCCAUGGUAAAAGAAAUGCUUCAUAAGAAAUCAAGCUUUCGUGACACCAUCAAUUCUGAUCAUCGUUUGAAAGCCCUACUUGAUCAAUACAUGGAGAGCACCGAAAAACUGAAAGAUUUGUACGAAGACAGAGAUGGUAUGAGGAAAGAGGAAGUGGCUGCUCUUUCUGGACCCAACGAGUUUGGAGAAUUCUACUCGAGGUUGAAGAACAUCAAGGAGUUCUACUGGCGACUUCCCAACGAGAUCUGUGUUCCCAUGUCUGUUGAAUUUGAAGAGAACAAAAUGAGGGAGAACCCAACCGAAGAAAUGCAGAAUCUGAUUGAUUUUACUGAUGAAGAAGGCUACGGAAAAUAUCUUGAUUUACACGAAUGCUAUGAGAAAUACAUAAAUUUGAAAGGAGUUGAAAAAGUCGAUUACAUCACCUAUCUGACAACGUUCGAUCAUCUUUUCGAGAUGCCGAAGGAGCGCAAAAAUAGCGAAUACCGGAAGUACUUGGAGAUGUUGUUAGAGUACCUAGAAUCCUACGUACUGAGAAUAAAGCCUCUCCUCGACAUAGGCCAGGAGAUGGACAGUAUUCAGAAAGUCUUCCAGGAACAGUGGGAGGCUGGUACAUUUCCUGGAUGGCCCAAAGAGACUGGCAGUGUACUGACGAACAUUGGUGCGCAUCUUGACCUGUCUGCUUUCUCAUCAUGGGAGGAGCUUGCCUCUCUUGGUUUGGAUCGUCUCAAAUCAGCUUUGAUGGCUCUCAAUCUGAAAUGUGGAGGGACACUUGAAGAGCGAGCUCAGAGACUUUUCAGCACCAAGGGCAAAAAGUCAUUGGAUCCAGCACUUCUUGCGAAAAGUAAGCCGGGAAAAAGCCGAGACUCUGAACGUCAAAAAGAAAUUGCAUUUUUGGAAGGCCAAGUGUAUAGGAUUUUUUGUAAUUUUCAGCCAAUACCCUAUUGGUUAUAUAAACUCCACGGACUCAAUAUAAGUUACAACUGUGAGAUUUGUGGAAAUUUCAUUUACAAAGGACCGAAAGCGUUUCAGAGACACUUUGCUGAAUGGAGACAUGCUCAUGGAAUGAGGUGCUUGGGAAUCCCUAACACUGCACAUUUUGCAAAUGUGACUCAAAUUGAAGAUGCCCUAUCUUUGUGGGAGAAACUGAAAUCGCAGAAACAAGAAGAAAGGUGGCAACCUGAACAAGAAGAAGAAUUCGAAGAUUCACUGGGAAACGUUGUCAAUAGAAAAACUUUUGAAGACUUGAAGAGGCAAGGAUUGUUGUAGAGUUCACCCUUAUCAAUAAACCACCAUUCUCAUUCCUCUAUUUCGACGGUGAUUGUUAUUUUAAAUUUUUUACUCCACCACUUUCACAACAAUAACAGUGUACAUAUGAUUUUGUAUCUUAAAAUAUUACUGCCUAGAUUUUAUAUAUUUGAUUGAAAUAUAUUUUCUCUUUAGAUCCUA